UCACGAACAAGCGUAAAUAUUCGAAUUUUAAAUUAUUGUGUCCGUUUGCUAAUCUGACAAACGAAACAAUUGUUCGUGUUUCAAGUGAAUGUUAUUUUAAUGUAAUAUUUAAAUAAAUAAAUAAGAUGUCUCGCAUUCCGAAAUUUCCUUCUACUGCUACAAAAGAGAAUAAACCCACAUUUAUAAAUGGUCGUAAUACAACGCGAACAUUAGGCAUUGGGCUCAGUGACGCUGAUAAAAAAAGCUUACUAUUAAAUCAUACAAAACCAAUGCGAAGUACAACAUCCGCCACUGUAGCUGCGCCCCGGCUUAAAAGAUCAGCUACAGCACCUUCCUCCGCUACGGUACCUAAUAAAACAGCUAAAGUCGAAAAAAAGACGACUACUGUAGCACCUAGGAUUGCUCCUUAUGAUUACAAAGCUAGAUUCAAUGACUUGGUGGAAAAACAUAAAGCCAUGAAAAGUGAAUUGAAUGAUUUAAGGGACAAACAUUUGGAAGUAUCAGACGAAUAUGAAAAAGUUAAAGAAACAGUUGAAGGAAGUAUUACUGAAAGAGAUACAUUGAAGGAUAAAUUAUUAAACACUCUCAAAGACUUGAGACAGAAGUCUAGUGAAUAUGAAAGCCUAAAGCUGGAUUAUGAAAUACAGAAACGAGAGAAUGAGGAAUUAAAUAAUAAAAGUAAACUUUUAGAUGACGUAACUAAAAGCUUGAAGUUAAAAAUAAUGGAAUUUGAUAAACUUAAAACAGAAUUUGAUGAUUUGACUCGACGUCAUAAAAGUCUUAAUGAAGAAACUGAGGCUUUAAGGGUUUUGACUGAUCACCUUAAGAAAAUAUCUGUAGAAUAUGACAAAUUGCAAUUAGAUUAUAAGGAUGCAGUUUCUACAAUAACAAAAAAUAAAACAGACUCUGAGGCUUUGCAAAAUAUUUUAGCUACUAUGUAUAGAGAUCAAAGAGUUUUACGUAACACAGUGCAAGAUUUAAAAGGUAAUAUUAGGGUCUACUGUAGAGUACGACCUCCACUUGAGUCGGAAGCAUCCAAGCCUUUGUACAAUCUUAAUGUCCUUGAUGCAUGUUCUAUAGAAGUUGAAAAGAUUGAACUUCUGAAUUCUGCAAGAAAAGGAAAAUCACAACAUUCUUUCUCAUUUGAUGGGAUAUUCACACCACACUCCUCUCAAGAGGAUGUCUUUGCUGAAGUGUCUCCAAUGGUACAAUCUGCACUGGAUGGUUAUAAUGUGUGUAUUUUUGCAUAUGGUCAAACUGGCUCUGGAAAAACUUAUACCAUGGAAGGUGGUUGUGGAGUUGAACAGUAUGGUAUUAUACCACGAGCAAUAAAUAUGAUAUUCACAUGUAUGGAAGAUCUUAAAAGAAUGGGAUGGGAAUUGACAAUUAAAGCAUCCUUUUUAGAAAUUUACAAUGAAAUAAUUUAUGAUUUGUUAAACUCAAGUAAGGAACAAGAAAGUCAUGACAUAAAGAUGGUUAACUCGAAAGGCACAGAUUUGUAUGUAUCCAACUUGAAAGAAGAAGAAGUAAAGAGCUCUCAUGAUUUCAUCAGAUUGUUGAUAUUUGCUCAACGUAACAGACAAACUGCGGCUACAUUGAACAACGAGAGGAGCUCCAGAUCUCAUUCAGUUGCACAAAUUAAAAUAGCAGCUAUUAAUGAAAAGCGUAAGGAAAAAUUUACUAGUAAUUUAAAUUUGGUGGACUUAGCUGGAUCUGAGAGUGGGAAAACCACUCAAAGAAUGGAUGAAACAAAACAUAUUAACAGAUCACUUUCAGAACUUUCAAAGGUGAUAUUAUCUCUACAGACUAAUCAGUCCCAUAUCCCAUACAGAAAUUCUAAGCUUACACAUUUAUUAAUGCCAAGCCUAGGUGGCAAUUCAAAAACUCUUAUGUUGGUUAAUGUUAAUCAAUUUGAUGAAAGUUUCAAUGAGACUCUUAACUCCUUAAGAUUUGCCACAAAAGUUAACAGCUGCCGAACUGUAAAAGCCAAGAAAAAUAUAACAAUGGUUGACUCAUUAUAAUUUUUACAUUGACAUUAUUUUGCUUUAGAAUGUAGUACACAUGAGCACCUAUAGUUAUACCAUCUACUGUGAAUUGAAUAUUACCAGUAUUCUGCUUUAACAUACAUAUUUGUAUUGAAUACUAUUAAUAAGUGGUAUAACUAAAUGUGCUUUACUAUUUUGUUUUAUAGUUAAUUUUUACAUGUAGUACUUCCCACUGAAUAUUCCACCGAUAAAUGUUUUUUUACUGUUGUUCUAUAGUAUUUUGAAAUAUUGUGGGAUUUUAGAUAAUCAAGAGCUCUUAUAGUUUUAAUUAUUCAAAUGACCUUAAAUAGUUAUUACGAAAUAACAAGUUCUCAUUAUUUUUAUACAAAAGUUUUAGAAGCAUUUGUUUGGAUUUGUUUAACUAUAAAUGUGGAAUUAGAUAUAUUAUUAAAUAAAAUGAAUAGUGUGAAAAUUCAUAUAUUUUCUAAAGAAUGUGAAUUGUAAUUGAAAUAUUUUGAAGUAUUGUGUUAACUGAACUAAAAUAAUGACAUAAAUUUACUUACUGUUUAUAUAAAUACUAUGGCAAUAAAAUAAUAUAAAUUUACAAAUUGUCAUAAUUUAAAUUUGAUCCUUUUAAGGCAGGUCUUGGAGUGCCAUAUACAGGAGAAGUUGUAACAAUUGACUUGACUCACUUUAAAUUCCUACUUAAAAAAUGCCUACUUGACUUAUUUAGGAAAUUAUUAUUGUUAUUUUUUUACAAAUUGGCAGGUUGGAUUUGACAUUUUAAAGUUUAAUUUAUUGGGUAGAUCAAAGAAUAUCAUAUCUGCUUUUAUGAAAUAUCUAUUAGGUACCUUUAUAACUACUUUUCAUUUAUAUCCUAUUCAAUUCAAUUGAAUUAUAUUUCUAAAAACACAUUAUCUUGAAGCAAUCUGUUCAGUACGGUGUUAUUUU